AAGAUCGUGUUCCUCGUAACAUAACAGUAAAUGAUUUUGCUGGAACCAGUUAUCGACAUGCAAAUGGCUACGGGCCAAAAUCAUAAGGGAAGAUUAUUUCGUCAUAUAUUUCAAGUACAACAUGUACAAUAUGCAAUCAUCUCUGUUUUGGUAUGGAUUUAAAUAACAGAUGCUCAUUUUAGGAAUGGAUAAAAUUGUAGAAACAUACAUGUAAACCUACCUGCUUUUAUUUGAAAUAAACUACCAUAGUCAACAUGCAGAUGUCAGUGACUUUUGAGGUAACAUUUUGUGUGCGAGCCGACACACACCCAGGAGAAACAGUAUGUAUCAUUGGAGAUUGUGACAUGCUGGGAAACUGGAAUCCACAUCGUGCUGUAAAAUUAACCAGAGUUUCAAGUCCUAGAACUUCCAGGAAAACUGAUAGCAACGAUAAAAGUAGCCCUAAUGGAAUGAAUAUAUGGAAAAGAAAAGUUAGAUUGACAAAUGGGAUGCACGAUUAUAAAUACCGUUACUUUAUUGCAAGAAUUGUAGAAUCUGAUAGUGAGGACUGUGAGACAACUGUAGAUGUCAGUAAAUGGGAAACUAAUAUAAGACAAAGAGUUUUUUCUCCAAGAGCAUAUAUGGAUGAACCUGCAAAGUAUGAAAAUACAAUUGAUAUCUUUGGAGAAUACGGACAGAAGAGGUAUGUGACAAAUGGCUGGCUGAUUGACAAGACAGAAAUCCACAUUCGACUACACAGCAACCCACUAUAUAUGUGGAAGCCUCGUCAUAGAACACAGACCUACAGUAUUAAAUGUACUCCUUUAGAUCAUCGAUUUAGAGAUACAAUAGAUGAAGAUGAAGAAGAUGAUUACCAGCCACACACUAUGCCUCCACAGACUUUUACAAAAGUGUUUGUUUCUACCUUGAAAAAUGAAAAAGAAAAACCUCGUGCACAAGAUUCUCAUGGAGAAAUAUACUGUCACAACGACUUCAUGAUAUUUUCAGCCAGAACAAUAGACCCAGAAUACUUGGGAUUUCAGUUUGAUUUCUAUGUUCAAACCCCUGACAAGGAACCAAAGCAUGUUGGUUACAGUUACUUGUUGCCCAUGGAAAUGAAACACUCCAACGAUACUAAAAACUUACCAAUAACAGGUCUUAAGCAUAAACCUAUUGGCCAGAUUAAAGUGGAUUACUUAUUUAUUAAACCACUGGUUGGUCUGCCUAUGACAAUGGAGGUAUCUUACCAAAAUUACUGGAAGUUUGAAAGAGCUGCGCUAGAUAUAGGACACAAGGGAAUGGGCUCAUCAUAUAAGCAUAAAAAAUCAGAUGCCAUCAGAGAAAAUACUAUAACAUCCUUACAAUCAGCAGGCAGUCAUGGUGCUGACUUUGUUGAGUUUGACGUUAUGUUAAGUAAAGACCUGAUACCAGUUAUUUAUCAUGACUUCCAUGUUCUUAUUACAUAUAGAAAGAAAAAGAGAGAUGAACUGGAAAACUUUAAGAUAUCUGUAAAAGAUUUGUCUUUAGCUGACCUACAUUCAAUGCAGUUGUCGUCAGCAGAACAUAAGAGGGAAGACCAUGACUCUGAUCCUAAAUAUGAAGACCAACUUGAUCCAUUUGAUUUACAGCCGUUCCCUACAUUGGAACGGUGUUUCGAUGCUGUAGACGAGCAUGUAGGAUUCAAUGUUGAAGUAAAAUACCCAAUGGAACAGCUGGAUGGAACUUUUGAGGAGAUCAACUUCUUUGACAGAAACAAAUAUGUGGACACAAUCUUGAGAUGUGUGUUUCAAAAUGCUAAGUCUCGAAGGAUUGUUUUCUCAAGUUUUGAUCCAGACACAUGUGUUUUGUUGAGAUUAAAACAGAAUAAAUAUCCAGUUUUAUUUUUGACAUCAGGAGAAUCUUUACUCCCAAAUGAUUACUCCGAUCCUAGGGCCAGCAAAGCUUCAAUGAGCAUCAACUUUGUAAACUUUGCAGAUUUAUUGGGUAUAGAUAUUGAUUCAAAGUUUAUACUGAAACAUCCUGAAUUGAUAAAAGACAUCAAGAAAUCUGGACAAGUCUUGUUUUGUUGGGGAGAAGGUAACAACGAUUCUAAUGUGAUAAAUCAACUGAGACAGUCAGGUGUAGAUGGAAUUAUUUAUGACAGAUGGAUGGUGCAUGAGGACCUAUCAGAAUUGUGGAUCAUUAGUGAUGAUAAACAAAUAAUUGGAAUUGAUAGAUUCAAGGGUACAAAGGAGAAUGUAUUCAAGAUAGAAAAAAGACUAAAAAAUAGUUUAGUCCUCCAGCCUGUAAAUGGGGAAGUUAAUGUGGAAGAAAUAAUGAAUGGCUCAGCAAGCUUAAGCGAAUCAGACUUCAGUGAACCGAACACGUAACACAAACACAUAAUCAGAGCUAAUGUAACCAGUGGUUAGAUGUCAGAGGGCUGUCCAUGGACAGGAGGUUUUGGUUAUAUAUCACUAAGAGGGCUUGACAUGGACAGGAUGUUGAGUCGGAAAAUACCUCCUGUACUGAACUGUAUGGAGAAAGAUUUUCUAAACCAUCCAUCACCAGUUAAAUUUGUAUAAGUUCCAAUCCAUUCUCGGUUUCUUUUAAACAGAGAAAAAAUACAUCUUCAGAAAAAGACUCUUUGUUCUGUUACACAUAUAUUAAUGUUCCUUUAAUUCACAGAAAAUUUCACAAAAUUUAAACAAUAAUGCUUUAAUCUCAUAAUUCUAUAUGAAUGGCUUUUACAUAUUUGUAAUUUGUUUUAAUCAAUAUGUUUUGUAAUUGUUUGUUAAAGGUGAGACAUUAAUAAUAAAAAAUUGUAUUGUAGUGUAUGUAUUAUGAUACUGAAAGAGGAAAAAGUAAAUCCACUUUUUUUGUCUUUAAAUUUCAAAUUUGAUAUAAAGAUAAAAUACAUUAUGAAAUUAAUACAAAGUAUUAUUUACAGUAUAUAUACAAAUGAUUUGUUUUUGACAAGUAGUUAUUUUAACAUUUUUACAGACAUGGAAUCUCAAAAUUAAGGUACUUGCCAUAACAAGUAUCUUUCGUAGCAUUAAAACAAAUGUAUGCAUUGUACUUAAAAACAAUUUAUCUGCAAAGUAUGUAUUUGUCCUAAACUAUAGUUUGAAAGCUCAAUAAAACUAUUUAAUAUCAACACAUUCUCAUGUCCUGGUUUCAAUUUAGGAAACUGGUUCUUGUCUUUGAUUAUGUAGUAAUGUUUAUGUCCUUUGGGGAGUUUAAUGUAGUAAUAUUAUUGUUCUUUACAGAAUUUGAUGUUGAUGGGAAAUCUUUGAUUGCACAAUGUAUAUUAAAUUUUUAUUUAGUAAUGUUUAUUGUCCUUUAUAUUAGGGAAUUUAAUGUUGAUGGCAUGUUAAAUUUUAUGUAGAAAUGUUUAUUGUCCUUAUAUUAGGGAAUUUAUUGUUAAUG